UUGGGAUUGGGCAUGGUCAUCCCUGGCUAUUUUUGACAGAAGUUGAUUCGAUUCGAUGGAUUUUAGGUUAUAAUAUUGUAUAGCUUUUUAAAAUGAGUUUACUUUUAAAUGGCACGUUAUUUAAGCAGGGAAAUUUCCUUUGCAGAGCCUUCUCGUGUUCUUCAUUAGUGUACACUAAACAAUGGCGUAUAUCAAAAGGCCUGGCUGUUAAUCGUAAUGCAGAGGGUUUUAUACUCGAUGGACCAGACUAUACAUUCUUAGAUGGAAGGCCAACACCUUUACUAAACAAGCAGAAAUUAAGGAUGUUGAAACAAAGGGAAUUUGCUUCGAAAAUUAUAGAGCUUUCAUCAGAAAUAGAUUUCGCAAAGGAACUUUAUCAGCAAAAGUUGAAGUCCGCAGAAAAAGAAAAGCAAAGAAUCCUGGAUGACAGACUAAAGCCUAAAGGGAAGGCUCUCCUAAAAUAGAUU